AUGGACACCUCAGGCUCCGUGACACCUACGGAAACAUCAGAGUUCGAAAUUAUAUCCUCAUCUUCUGACACGCUAGAAGGUCUACGUGCUCUGAAGAACUCGCUGAUCGGCAAUCCGGUCAAUAAAGUGAACCUCAUUGCUCAAGAUCCCAACAUUGAUACUCCAUGUAUACGGUCCCCAAGCGGUGAUUCAUCUAUGAGGGAAAAGACACGCAUUGAGGCUGCUCAUUUACUGUCCUCAUUAUCAUACGGCCCCGAGCCGGUCAUAAGAAAGAUGCUUGAUGACUCAGCUCCUGGGUUUAUUCUGGAUGCGCUUCUGGAUCUUGGUCCAUCGACUUGGGGCGCUGUCAAUGCUCGUGAUUCAAAUGAAAUCUUUUCGAUGGGUCCUUCGACAGAUACGUUAUUGUCAUUACCAUUGCGUUCGGCGCUUGUCCGGGCAUUCAAUCGCGGCAAGGCAAAUGCUGGAGCAGAUAUUCAGAAGACAGAAACUCUGGAUGUCAUUCUUCCGUUCCUUGUUGACCCUUCAAACCAAGUUCGCUCUUUCAUAGCCCAGCUCCUCGGCACAUCUCUGCGCACUUCUUCGCAAAGACGAAGUGUCGCAAAUUGGAUGCCAAUUGCAGAGAGAUUGCAAGAGACGAAAGGCAAGCGAGGAUGGGAGCGAGCAGAGUUGAGUUCCAGCACAUCUGGGGCUUGGACUGCCAAGGCUCUCCUCGAUCUCAUCAAAAGUGGUGUUUUCAAAACUCAAGAAGCAGCCCUUGAAGCACUGGCCUCUCUCGCUAAAGGGAAUCAAUCACUUUCACUGAUGCUGUGCACGUUACCCCUCGAAACAGACCGUUCUACCCCCGCUUUGAAUCAAUCUCCAUACUUAGUGGUAGCCAACCUCUACUCGUUGGUAUCAGACGACAAGGACCUGCAAAGGGCUGCAUUCGUUUCCGGGACACUCAAAAGAUUAGCUUCGUUGGUUCUCGAGACAACGCCCCAGAUGAAUGAGGAUUGGAACGAGGAUGGGCCGGAAGCGACUUCUCUUCUACUAGAGGCAGCGUUGACUGCAAUCGCGUCGUUAACCCUUCAUCUUGAUGACAAUAGGGUUGCAUUACUUGAUGAACACCCCACCAUGUUGCAUAUCAUAUCGCGUUGCUUAUCGCAUCCUUAUGCCGGUGUCAGGUAUGGUGCGUGCCAAUGUGUCCGAGCACUUAGCCGAUCCGUCAAGGUGCUGCGGACGGGUAUUGGCGACUCGAAACUUGCAGAGAUAUUGUUCAAUAUCGUGAAGACGGAUUCGGAUGAACGCGUUAUCUUAGUUGCCUUGAUGGGAAUCGCGAAUAUGGUCAACGACUUCUCGCCAACACGCAAGAACCUCAUUGAAUCGGGUGUGAUUUCCAAGUUGUCCGAAAUAAUCAAAAAAGGUGACGAGGAGAUGAAGACGAACUCGAUCUGGGCUUUACGGAACGCAUUGCGUCAUAGUUCCCGGGAAGAGAUGGAGUCAAUCAUGAACGAACUCGGAUGGGAUGAAUUGGCGAGGUUGUCGUCUUCCCGAACGUGA